AUGGAUAUCACCACCACGAUGACCCUGCCGUCGGAUUCCUUGGGUCGGAUGUCCAAUUACACCCUCGGCGUCACAGAGGAACAAACACCCGUCCGAAAAGAAGCUAUAGACAAUAGUUCACCCAAGGUGAAUCACUUUUCAAGCUACUCUGAUGUAGUACUUGACCAUUUAUUGGAACUAUUGAACGAACGUCCGAUCCGCCAAAGGUGGAAGCUCAACACAUUUCUAAGGGGGGAUCGAAUCCGACCAGGGGAAUCUUUCAACUAUGAACCGCUGCCGCCCGGAGGAAGUGCAACUUUUCGUCUCUUGACUCUUCUUCCUGGAAAAAAUUUCGAACAGAUACGCUGCGAGCUUACGGUUGCCACUAUCCAUGAUACCGAAUACGAGGCUCUCUCAUAUUUUUGGGGGACAGACGCAGCUCUACCUACAAUCAUGUGCAAUGGUGCGAGAAUGAACGUCAGCCGGAACUUGAAGCGAGCUUUGAAAGACCUUCGUUAUGCAGAUCGUACGAGGGUUUUGUGGGCAGAUGCUAUCUGUAUCAACCAAAGAGAUCUGCUAGAGAAGGAAAAACAAGUCAACCAGAUGGGGAACAUUUAUCGACAUGCAAAACGUACCGUCAUACAUAUGCACAUGGGGUUUCAAACUUUAGGCAUUGAACGGCCUUUCCCCGUGUUACAGCAACUGCAACGUCUGUACCAUUACCUUUGUGCUGGGCAGAUAGACCUCACCACAAUUCUUGAAGCUGCUACAAUGAAGCUCAAGGUGUACAAAGGAACAAUACCUACUUUUUUAAUGUUGGAGCGAAUGGACUCACUUACAUGGCAUUCAUACUUCAAACGUAUGUGGAUUGUUCAAGAAGUCGCACUGGCCAAACAUGUUUCAGUAUCAUACCAUGGAUACGAAUUCGAAUGGAACUUCUUCAAGGAAGCCAUGUUGAUGAGAGCAAUCAUAUUACUGGGAGCCAAAGGAGUGGCAAUCCCUGCCACCUUGUUCGACGUUUUUGUCCUUCAGUUGAUUGCAAUGCGAGAGAACUUUCAAAGAAAUUUUACUUCCCGACAAUUCAACCUGCUGAACCUUCUGAACUUUACCCGAGUCUUCAGCGCUUCGAAUCCGUUAGACAAGGUCUAUGGGGUUUUUGGGUUGACUAAUUCAAACCUAGAGGAAAUGGACUUGCGGGCCGAUUACACUCGGAGCGCUGAAGACCUUUAUAUUGAUGUCGCUGCGAGGGUACUGAAAGAAUCCCCCAAUCUUGAUAUCAUGUCAAUCGCAGGUCACCCUCAAGCCAAAACCAGUAUCAACAGCUGCCCACUCCCAUCGUGGGUUCCCGAUUGGCGCAACUCCCGGUAUUACCCACGUCCGCUAGUUUUUCGCAAGCCUAGAGGCGUGUAUGAACACUGGCCGUACAAUGCCUCCAAGCAUUCUGUGUACAACUUCAAAAUUUUGCCCAGCAAUCCCCGUAAAGAGUUACUGGUCCGUGGCUGUUUCCAUGAUCGGAUUUCAGAUUUGACUAUGAUAAUGCAUCCGGCAUACAAUAACAGGGAUUGUAUGGGCGUUGCAAUGAUGCGAAUGAGAUCUUCUCCCCAAAAGGCUUUACUCGAGGUGCUGCCGUUGUGGUCAACACUAGUUGCUCAUGGAGUGAGACAUCUGCUGGAGAAGAACAAUAUGCGAGCCUUUUUGAGAAGGGUUUCCAGCGAACGGAGUAAUUACAGCCCUACAAACGAGCCAAUCCAACUUGCUCAGAUGCGGACUUUAUGCUCUGGUUAUGUGCCCUUCAAUGAGGAAGUUUCUAUGCGAACCUUCAAAUACUGGCUGGAAACAAGUUGGGGGAUAGAGCAUGACAUUCGAUACGAAUUGGAAGAGCUUGGUGUCGAGAGGGUUUAUUCAGGCCCAUGUGCGAGGCCUUGGUUUGGAAAAAUGUGUUCCAUGGUGCUUGGUCGAAGGUUGCUAUGGACUGAACGGGAGUAUCUCGGUCUUGCACCACCAGGCGCUAAAAAGGGUGACCAUGUGGUAGUCCUUGAGGGCAGCCGUGUACCUUUCAUUUUAAGAAACGUCGAUGGGGGCUUUUGGAAGGUAAUUGGUGAAUGCUACGUUCACGGGAUCAUGUACGGCGAGGCAUUUGAUGCUCAAAAGUGCGAAGAUAUCAUUCUUGUAUAA